ACCACUUCCUUUCUUCCUUCCCACAGGCUAAUUCACAAAUAUUGAGCAUUUUAAAGGUGUUGCAACUUAGAAUUCUCCUGGACGUUUGGGAGCACAUCAUCGGUUGUCCAAUUUUAUUCAUCUAGUGACACACUGGGGCAUUGUUUAGUUCUUGGAUUCUUUGAUAACGCUACCAGACAGGACUCCUCUAGGAUGAAUUGCUCUGGAAAUACUCCAGAACAAGAGCAGCAAGCUACCAAGACUGAAGUGAACCAGAAAGAAAUGCCUCACAGUAAAUACCAUGAAUAUAUAGCAAACAAGCAGGAUGUUACAUACACAGAGAUGAAGACGUAUAAGUCUCCACAGAAGCACAGAACACCUACAGCCAAGCAGAGCCCUGUAGUGCUGAGUGACGAGCAGGUAAAAUAUGCAGAGCUGACAUUCCACAGAACACCUCAGUUCCAGCCCAGGAAACUACCUGUCAGAAGAAAAAGACAAGGCCCCAAAUGGAGGGUGGUAACCAGCAUGCUUGGAGCCUUGUGUGUGGUGUUGAUGACAACCGUGGGGAUCUUACUUCCAAAAUUGCUUUCUAGUCAAGAAGAGCAAAGCAGACAAACCUCAUUUCCUCCUCUUCUGUGUCCUAAAGAAGAUGACUCCUCCUAUGAUCUUUGUUCAUCUGACUGGAUUGCCUUUGGAAACCAUUUCUAUCAAGCUUUUCAUGGAACGAAAACCUGGGCAGAGAGUCAGUCUGCCUGUGAGGAACUGAAAUCUCAUCUUGUGAUCAUAGACUCUGAAGAAGAGCUGGGUGGAUUCUUCUCAAAAAGGAUGGAACCAACAGGUCCUGGUUAUGGGGAAAUGACGGUAAAACACAGCACACCUUCUGCCAUGUGGGAGGACCCCUGUCUCCAAAUGGGGCAGACCUCAGCUGCUAAGGUGAAAGGCAUACCAGUCAGAAGAACAAAGGAACCCAUUACACCAGAUGCCAAUCUAUCUAUCAGAAGUCAAGCCCCAACCUGGUAAGAGACUACCUAGUAUAUCAGAUAUAAAACAGGCAGCAAGAAUCUAGGCCUUUAACGAAGUCAAGAAUACCAAAGAGGAAACACAAACCAAGGAACAAAAUGUCCAACAAAGACAGUUUCAGAAAUCAGCACCUAGAAUUAUAAUCACAAUAAUCAUCCCAAACCCACAUAAUUAAACACCAGUGUAAGAACACAAUCAACAACAGCUGUGGUAAUAUGGUACCACCAGAGAGCAGCUAACCUGUAACAUCAAGGCCUAAAUAUUUCAAGGCUGCUGAAGCACAAGGAAAUGACCUUAAAACCAAGUUUCUGAAGAUGAUAGAGGUCCUUAAAGAGGAAAUAAAAAAAAUCCCUUGAAGAAAUCAUGGAAAAGAAUGCCAAGAAAGCAAAGAAAAACAAACAAAUAAAUAAAACAAAACAAACAGGUGAAAAAAAAAACUGUUUGAAUCCAAAAAUGGAAAUAGCAGCAAUAAAGAAAACACAAACUGAGAGAAAUCUAGAAAUAGAAAUUCUAGGUAAUCAAACAGGAAUUACAAAUAUAAACAUUACCAACAGAAUACAAGAGACCAAGAGACGGAAGAAAGCAUCUCAGGGAUUGAAGACACAAUAGAAGAAAUAGAUGCAUUUGUCAAAAAAAAAAAAAAGCUGACUCUAAAAAGUUUUCU